AUGUCAGACACCGAGCUGCCGCCGUCGACGUUCCCCAAGCCAGAAGACUUCGACACGGACCCGCGCGUCUCCUUCUCCAAGCUCGACAACAAAUACAUCCUGGAGACAGACAACGGCGAGGAAUUCACGUAUGAUGACGCUUUGAAGAGAUGGAUACCCUCGCUGGACGAGUCCUUGAUGGAACAGCAGAGAGAGGCAUACAAGAUAGAGGGCGUCGACGAGGAAGAGCCCGCGAAUUUCAAGGCCAUGCAGGAGAAGAAGAAGCGGAAACACAACAACGAUGACUCGCAUCCCCCGCAUAAACCCAAGAAACCCCGCGUCAACACCGCCGUCUACGUAACCGCGAUCCCUCUCGAUGCUACCCUGUCCGAAAUCAACUCCCUGUUCAGCAAGUGCGGCGUCAUCGCGGAGGAAAUCGACAGUGGCAAACCACGCAUAAAGAUGUAUACAGACGACCAGGACAUGUUCAAAGGUGACGCGCUGGUAGUUUACUUCCGUCCCGAGUCCGUCAACCUCGCCAUCCAGAUGCUGGAUGACACCGAUUUUCGAUUCGGCGAAAAGGGCGCACAGGGAAACAUGCGGGUGCAGCCUGCGGAUUUCUCCUUCAAGGCCGUGCAGGAUGCCCCAGCAAAGGUCAAUAUGCGAGAUAAGAUGAAGAUUAUGCGAAAGACGCAGAAGCUAAACAGUAAGCUUACGGAUUGGGAUGAUGACGGCGCUGAGGCCCAGCAGUCGUCCAGGGGAGGGAAGGUCGUGGCGCUGAAGCAUAUGUUCACGCUAAAGGAGCUCGAGGAGGACCCUGCUGCCAUCCUCGACAUCAAGGAGGACAUUCGAGAAGAGUGCUCCAAGCUAGGCGAGGUGACCAACGUCGUGCUCUACGACAAGGAGGAGUCAGGCGUCGCCACAGUCCGCUUCUCAAACCCAGAAUCUGCCCAGGCCUGUGUCCAGAUGAUGAAUGGCCGCUUCUUCGGCGGGACCCAGGUUGAAGCAUACAUCAUUGAGGGUAAAGUGCGGUUUAAAAAGUCCGGUGCCAGUGCGGCUGCGGCCCUGGAGGACGACGGGGCCGGCUGGGAGGCCGAGGUCAAGGACGACGACACGCAGCGUCUGGACAAGUUUGGAGCCUGGCUGGAGCAGGAGAAGGAUACUAGACACCAUGCCCGAUCGGGCGCCUCCUUGCACACCGCCCACCACGUCAACUUCCUUCUCCUUCUCCUUCUUCUUCUUCCUCAACCUCAACUCCUCCGACUCUCCCUGAACGCCCAUCUCGACACUCUUCACCACCCCAAUCACCCCAGAACACCGUCUACCUCGCCAACAUGCGUGAAAUCGCCAAGAAAGGGGGGGCCACCACACGAUCAUGUCCUCGGGCACGAGCGUGAAGCGACGAGCCUCCAGUUUCAGAAUUCAGAUCCAGCUAACGUGUUGUUGUCGUAUAGGUGCACCUUCAAACCGGCCAAUGUGGUAACCAAAUUGGUGCCGCUUUCUGGCAAACCAUUGCUGGCGAGCAUGGUCUCGACGGAUCCGGACACUACACUGGAUCUUCUGACCUCCAAUUGGAGCGCAUGA